AUGUCUCUGAAGACGUUCUAUCUCUGUGAGAGCUGUGAGGAGAAACUCUUUUGCCAUGACAUCUGCCAACACAUGGUCAGCCUUGAUCACCAGCUCAAAUACAUGUGGAGAAACUACCCAGAGUUUCUGCAAAAGUUCUGGCUAGAAGAUGGACUCGCUCAUAAGAAGAUGCAUAUUUUAAAUGAUUUAGUCCUUGAGCUCUCAAGUCGGGAGAAGUUUCACAAGAUGGAUGCAGAGUGUAUAUUGCUGGGACCAGAGUUGCAUGAGUUUGUUAGUACAGCUUCUUUUCGAGAAGCUCUAAAAAUAGUGAAGAAAAUCAAAAAUGGAGGGAAGCCAAGUAACUUCUGUGUGCCCGUUGCCAGUACAUGCAAAAAGAGCCAGCAUCAGGAGGACGGGCAGGGUUUACCCCCACAAAGGAUUUCAACUCGGGCAGUGGAGAUGACCCAGAGAUGUAAUGACGACAUUUCUUAUGAAACUGGCUGUCAAUUUGAGAAGAGAACCAUGGUUGGAAGUUCAGGUGUCCUCAAAGAUGGAUUCUCAAAUUCUCCGGAUGUGAGCUGUUACUCUGACGAGGCUAAUCCUGACGUUACUGAGCUCCCCAGUUGUGACACGGACCCCCCUCUUGCAUACACCGGCAGCAACCAGUCCCUGCAGCCACAAGGCACAACGGUGCCGUCUCUAGGCCGAGAGUCGUGUGCCCAGCUAAAGUACAAAGGGGAAGCGCUAUCCUUAAGAAUGAUGUCUCCUGCUACUGUUGGUCCCUUAAUGGCACUGGACACCCAAGAUGAAGACCAGCCAUGUGCCAAGAGGCCUACCAGCUCUCCGCCAAAAGAGUGGUUGUUAGUGUGA